CACGCCUGGCCACCUCACAAUCGCACACACCCUGCGCUUUUUGUUUUGGUUGAUGAGUAAUCUUUAGGAAACUCCGUCAUACUUUGUAAUUGAAUCUUAAAGUUAAGAACUGCUUAAACAUGGACUGGCUAUUCGGCAAGAAGAUCAGCCCCGAUGAGAUGCUGCGCAAGAAUCAGCGGGCGCUGAACAAAGCGAUGCGAGAUCUGGACCGCGAACGGAUGAAAAUGGAGCAGCAGGAGAAGAAGAUCAUCGCGGAUAUCAAGAAGAUGGCCAAGGACGGUCAAAUGGAUGCCGUAAAGAUCAUGGCCAAGGACCUGGUGCGCACCCGGCGGUAUGCCAAGAAGUUCAUGCUGAUGAAGGCGAACAUCCAGGCGGUGUCCCUCAAAAUCCAGACGCUCAAGUCCCAGAACACAAUGGCGCAGGCCAUGAAAGGUGUUACGAAGGCCAUGCAGAACAUGAACCGCCAGCUGAAUCUCCCGCAAAUCCAGAAGAUCCUUCAGGACUUCGAGAAGCAGUCGGAAAUGAUGGACAUGAAGGAGGAGAUGAUCAACGAUGCCAUCGAUGACGCCAUGGAGGACGAGGGUGACGAGGAGGAGACUGAUGCUGUUGUGUCCCAGGUGCUGGACGAACUGGGUCUACAAUUGGGCGAACAGCUGGGUGACCUUCCUUCUGCCUCCGGUUCCCUUUCCAUAGCCGGCGGCGCUGGCGCCCAAAAAGCACAGGCUGUGGCCGCUGGUGGCAUUGGCGGCGGUGGAGCUGCCGGCGGAGGAGGAGGUGGUGGUGGCGGCGCUGGUGGUCCGGGAGCUCCGGGUGGCAGUGGUGCCUCAUCGCCCAUGUCGGAUGCCGAUGCGGAUCUGCAGGCGCGCCUGGAUAAGCUGCGCAAGGAUUGAGCCGAUCCUAAACUCCACUGCCUGUCCAUCUUAUGUAAGAGCCACCACCCGUUUGUAUCUCCCAAAAGCGAAUGUUAUAUUAAAGAGAAUGCUUGUGAUUUUCGUU